CAAAACAAUAGAUAGUUCGAGGGUCUUCUCGCGUAUUUCUUGAAAGUAAAAACCACUAUACGAUCGUCGUCGUCGUCGUCUAACAAUAACCCUAAAAUCGAAAAGAGAAGAAGCAGAGCAAAAUCGAAAACGCUUUCUUUCUCACUUUGCCGCACUACUCUCUUCGUAAUGGCGAGCAACAAUCCUUCGCAGCUUCUUCCAUCAGAGCUAAUCGACAGGUGCAUAGGGUCGAAGAUAAGGGUGAUAAUGAAAGGAGACAAGGAGCUCGUCGGUGUUCUCAAAGGCUUCGACGUUUACGUCAACAUGGUCCUUGAGGAUGUCACCGAGUAUGAGAUUACAGCUGAAGGAAGUCGGGUCACAAAGCUUGAUCAGAUUCUCCUCAACGGCAACAACAUCGCCAUUUUGGUGCCUGGUGGAGCUCCAGAAGAUGUAGAGUGAGAGGAUUGAUUAGUAUGUUAAAGACUUGUGUGGUGAAAGAUGUAACUUUGCUUUUUAGAUUUGACUCUUUGUUCACUCACAAGUUACUAGUUGAUACAUUUUAAACUCAGAAUGACAAAUUGUUCAUUGUUCAACAAUGUGAAAGAGCUGUUUAAGCUUCACACUUUUUUAUUUGA